CAACAAAUAACGAUGAGAACUAAAAUGAUUCUCUUUAGCAGAGCUAAUUUCUUUCUCAUUUACUACCUCGUUUUUAUAGGAUCUGAAGCAAGAACUUUAUUGGAAAAGCAACAUGAGCAGAAGGUGGUAAAAUCUGGUUAUGGAAGGCCAGCUCCACUACCUCCAUCCCCACAAUCUGCUUCACCAAGUAUCCCACAAAGACUUAAGAGGCACGCUCAUCUUCCACCUCCUGCGCCCAAACAUGGUCCGAAAACCGAUCAAGUCACAACCAGCAGACAUGGUAGCGAAAGAAAUGAGCUGUUAUUGACAAUUACAAGCAAUGUUAUUAGUGAUAAUGAGCUGCUAAUUAUGCUUCCGAGUAGUUCAUCAGACCACCAAGAAAGAUUUGGGAAGCACGGUAUACCACCACCACCACCACCACCAAAACCAGCUGAUGAACAGCGUCAGAUAAUUGUCACUUCCUCUAAUUAUCAAGAUGGAAGUAACUAUAGUGGACAAGAGGAACAAAAACUACCACCUCCCUCACCCCACCAUAAAGCACCAAUCGGUCAACUCUCAAGCAGCAAGCAUGGACGUGGCCAAGGACUUAAACCUCACAAAUCUCUAAUUUCUUCACACUACCCUGCCUUAUUACCUCUUCAGGCUUCCUAUUAAAUAGUUUUAAGCUACUAGCUCUAGAUUGGAACUUUAUUAAGUGGCCAUAAUAAGUAGUGUAAUUUUUGGUUUAGUACUUGAUUAUAUAACCUGGCUUUAGUUCAGCUAUAUUGUCAAAUAUGAUAAGAAGAUCUAAUAUAUAACGUGAGUUAGCUCGCUAGCUAGCCUUCUGGAAGACCUAUAUCAGCUUGUAAGUUGUAACUUAGUGUUAUCCUAUAUAUCCUAAUAGUCUUGUGUAAUAUAACUAUGUACGUAGUAAUUAAUGAAUUCGAUGAGUGAUGGUUUUCAAUGCA